AUGCUGACAAUCGUCGUGUCGUUUGUUUCUGGCAUAGUUUGUCUACUUCUUGUAGAACUGUACGUAUUUGUGAAAUGGUUUCGUUCUCAGCCUGUCGCAAAAAAGUCACCAAACUCUCCAGCUGUGCUCAACUCUGAAGAUGUAACAAAUGUUAUGAAUUUGGAUGUGGAGUCACACAUAGGAUUAGCAGAGUCAUGCGAGUGUCUCAAUUUGGUGCUUUUCAUGCUGUUUCAUCAGUGGAAAGACAGCGUUGAUCUUAAAAAGUUUUUUCUACAAAAGAUUAAUGCAGAAAUGGAUGAGUUGAUGUUUACAAAGGUUGUUGGAAAAGUUCUUCAGGAAAUUAAGGUGUGUGAUUAUUCGUUUGGACCUUCUGUUCCUGUCAUAAAGAGUGCUAAACUUAUCAGUGUCUCUGGACAAGGUGUUCCUGAUGAAAUCGACAUUGCCUUGGACAUUGACUAUGGUGGGGGCUUUCAUGUGUCUUUUGAUGCCGAAGUUGUGUUUGGUCGCCGAGCAUAUGUUUCAGUAAAAGUUUUAAAGCUGGCAGGCCAUGCUCGCUUUCAAAUGUCUUUCAAGAGAUUUCCUCACUGGUCUCUAUCAUUUUACAGCGAACCAGAACUUGACUUAGAGGUCAAAAGUCAAGUACAAGGUCGUGAUAUUCCACAUCUGUCUACCUUAAUCUCCAAUCAAUUGAAAAAAGCUGUCCGAAAAAAGCACACGCUACCAGCGUACAAAGUGAGGUUCAAGCCGUUUUUCCGCAAGCCUAAACCUCGGGAUGAAGAAAAUGAAAUCUAUGUGCAUGACAAGAAGAUUACUGUCGGUAAGCUGUCUGUAGAAGUUCGUCAAGCAUCACAUUUGGCAAAAGCCCAGAAGGCGGUCAACACAUAUUGCACUUUAGAAAUAUCUUCUUCACCAAGAAAAACUCAACCUUUAAGAGUUGAGGAAUUUUCUCAUUCAAAAAUUAUGGAAAUUGAAAUUUCUCGAGUGAAGUCAGAAUCUAUAGGAGUUUUGUUUUGCCAGCUGUGGAUUGAGACAAAUGAAGAACGACGGGUGCAGGUAAUAGUGGAGAAUGUGACUCCUGACUCAGCUGCCAGUCGAAGUUGUUUGAAGAGGGGAGACUUUGUGAUGUCGGUUGGUAAGAUAAGAGUUACAAGUAGUGAUCAAGCCGCACGCCUUAUGAAGCAUUCUGGCCAGACGAUUAAUCUUACUAUUCAGCGCUCAUUGUCUCAUAACCCGUUGAGGGUAGAAAGUGACAUCAUACCUGACGACACCGUAUCAGUUGAUGGAGGUACUUCUGAAGCAGAGCAUGAGGAAGUGAAUGAGCAGGAGUCACUAUUAAGCGACCAUUCUCAAGUUGACAUAAAUGUCCAGCGGGAGAUGUUGCAACCCAAAAGGAGACAGAGAAAACCUGCAGUUGAGAGCCAUUCUUUUGGCAAUGAAGAUAUUAUUGAUGGUGCUAGAUUGAGCAGACCUGAGCUUCCACCAGAAGAGUUUGUAUUUGUUGAUGCUCAGGAGCGGACGUUACAAACAAGCGCUGUUCCUGCCUGUCAUAAUCCGAUGUGGAAUGAACUAUUUGAGUUUGAUGUUAGCGAUGUGGACAGAUAUUUAAACGUCAGUGUAUGGAAUCAGCUGCAAGACUGGGAUACUGAUAUGCUGAUUGGGCAUGUAAGCGUUCCACUGAUGAAUAUUGCUCUUCAGUGUCUAAUGACGACAUCUGGAUCUCAUGUCCAACACUACGUGCUUGUUCCUGCGGAACCAGUCAAAGCGAGUCGUGCGGAAGUAAGGGCAACCGGCUUGCUAGUUACAUCUGAGGAACUUCCGUCACAGGCUAGAUAUCAGGGAAACCGAAUUCAUGCUGGUGCCUUGUUCCUGAGAUUCCUGCACAGCAGAGACUUUUCUGGGAGUGACAGCAAAGAAAAAGAUGAUUUUGAUGGAGGCAGAUCAGAAGGUUUAAUGGAUAGCGUGAAUCAAGUGCCAAUCAAGGUUAGUGGUAGGCAUGUUAGAGGCUCUGGUCAUCCUCUAAGACCUCAAGUUGAAAGAAACCAUCACCAUUUUGUAUCUACUGCAUUUCACUACCAAACCAGGUGUGACUUCUGCAGGAGGAAGAUAUGGAGAAAGUCUGCAGUGCAGUGCACGAGUUGUUCCAUGAAGUGUCAUAUUAAAUGCGAGAACACUUGCUUUUCUCAAACAACUUGCCCUUUCGUUCGCGUACCAAUUGAUUCCAGUAAUGUAACAAACAGUGAGAACCCUGCUGUGGAAACGGAAGACACCAAAGAUGAGUAUAUGUCUGCCCGCCACGGCAAGAGCAAUACCAACGAGUUGCGAACUAGCGGCAAAGACGAAUCGACUGCUAUGGCAUGUCAAGCAGCUAGAACGUUUGGGAGAGAAUUGUAUAGAGAAUUGCCGGAGGAAAACAGACAUGAUUGGCUUUCUGCAAAGAUUGCUGAACUUGAAGAAGAAAUCCGUAAGCUGGGAAAGAACAGGUGCGAAGUACGCGACUUAGAAGCAGCGGCAACAGACGAGAAAGCAAAGAACACGUUGAUGGCUCAGGCUAAGAAACUCGGGGAUCAAGAAGAGGCACUGGCCUUGCUGAUGAAGCAAUAUCUCGUAGUGCAGGACAACGAAGCCCAAGAGGAAGAACCACGGGGACAGACAGAUAAUUCAAUGUUGUAGAUGCAUGCGUUUCUACUGUUGAUUAUCUUGAUAUACGUUGUUUUGAGUUUUGUGGUUUUGA